GAAGAAAGAUUUAAUUUCGAAUAUCAGGAAAAGAGCACAAAUAAUAAAGAUGGAAUGGAAGCGACAUGCAAAGCAGAAGGUCUUUAUCCUCAGCCGACUCUUAAUAUUUUAGUCAAAAAUGUUACAGAAAAGCAAUCUUCGAAAUCCACAGUGACUCUGCGCAAAGAUGGAUUGUAUAAUAUUUUAUCACGAGUAGAUUUUCUAGAUGAGGAAUUACCAGAAGCAGCAGAAUUCAAAUGCAUUCUUGAUAUCCCAAGAACAAAUUACAGCAUUCAAAAAAUAAUCUAUUAUUCCGGUUAGUUGUAUAUUUUAUGCUUCAACAUUCUUUCGCUCCCCGCUUUCUUUUUUACUCACUUCUUCCUAAUUUCAUCUCUUUUUUAAAUUCUAUUUGUCAAUUCC